CAGGCGCAGCGUGAGUGAAUUCGCUAAAUUUUCGUGCCAUUUGCGAUAAGAGCUAUGAAAGCGAUCGUGGUUGCAUUCGUGUUGUGUGUGUCGGUGGCUUUGAUCUUAGGUGAAAGCCGUCAAUGGGGCCGCCGGGUGGCUGGUGACCGCCUGCUGGACUACGCCGUUGUCGUGAACAACUCGCUUCCUGUUCCGGAGAAGAGUUCCAUCCAUCGGUACCUGCCGGCGGUGGGCUCCUUCCGGCCACCGAACAUAACGGCUAUCUACGCACGGGACAACGUGCCUGCGGGCCGUGGUGGAUAUGCCGGAAUAGUGUCCGGGGGUUUGAAUCAGUCCAACGUGACGCUUAAGCUCACCUCGCAAUCGUACCAGCGGUUCAACUUCACGAUUGAGAUCUACGGCAAGUAAGGAUACCCAAGAAAGUCCAAAGGGACGUGGAUUAGGCGCCCAGCUGUAGAUGGAUUUGUAAGAAAAUAAAAAUCGAAGCAACUCUCAGAACAAACGAACAAAACUGAGCUUUUGGGUGAACCAACCGUCAAAAAAUCAAACCGUCCACGAAGGAGAAAGUUCCGCUUCACAGUCCAAUCGAAGUUACUUUCCGUUAAAAAUGUUCCCAAAGGCUUUCGAAUGGCGAGAAGGGAUCGAGAAAACAAAAAACACAUGUGAAAAUAAUUGCGAAAACGAAGUAAAACAAGCCAAUCCACAAAAGAAGAUGGAACAUUGAGCACCGGACGGACGGAAGGAAUCACAUGCGAGCAUAAAUCAAUUUCCACUCGACUCGGUUGACUCGGACGAAGGGACGACAAAAAAAAGCAAAGGAGCAAAAACACUGAGCCUAAAGAAGACAUAUUGUUUUCUCACGCAGACUUUCCUCCCCAUCCUUUUGUAGAACGUCUUUAACUAUCCUGUUGAAAAAAAAGAACCGAAAUGAC